AUGUCAAGCGUCUCGGCUGCUGCGUUGGUUGCGCCGGCAAUGGCACGGGGCGCGGCGGCGGUGGACGACGCAGAGCGCUUCUCGUCGUCAAUGGGCAAUGGUUCUGCUGCUGCUGAUCACCUGCAACUGCUGCACGAUUCGCCCGAGGAAGACGACCCAAACCAGCAGCAGCGCCGCCCGAGGCGCAAGAACGUUGCCAUCUCGUGCUCGCGAUGCAGAGACGGGCACAAGGCGUGCUCCAUGGAGCGACCCUGCACCCGAUGCAUCCGGCUCGGCUACACGGACUGCAAGGACGCCGUGUUGGUCAAGCCGCACAACGCGUCGUCCAAGCCACCCGUCACGGGCAGCGCGGGGGGUCUGGGCGCUGGUGUGAGUGCCGCACGCGGACUGUCCAACGCAGGCAGUGGCGGCAGCGGGGAUGCAGCUGGGAAGCACGCACGGCCGUCCAACCGGGGCUUGGGUGUCGACCAAGCCAAGCGCCAUUCAAGCUCUGGCAGCUCUGCCUCCGCCUCAGCCACGCCUGCCGCACUUCCAUACCCAGAAAUCCAAGCACGACUGCGCGAGUUGCAGGCGAUGGGAGCCAACGUGCGCUUGCGAGCCGUCUCGGUUGCGCGCGACGGUCCCGGAAGCGAUGUGAUGCUCAUGCUGGAGGACGACACCGCGCCUGUGCCCCCAGGCGCAAGUGCAGCCUUUGCAGCAUUGUCAAACACGGCCGCCGCGAGCAUCCCAUCCUUGCCGCUGCAAGAUUUGCUCGAGCACGCCACCAGUUCAAUGACGAUCGGAACAGCC